AUGGGUAUGGGUAUGAGUGGUGGUGCUGCUGCCAUUGCACGUGUGGAGGGGGCAUCAUGGGAAGACACGGCUCAAGUGCUCUCCAUAUGCCGCACUGUCCUCAUAAGCCAUGCCCUGUCCGUGGCGUUUGACCCGUUGACCCGCCUCUUCUCGUUUGUCACUCUCCACCACCCAGACAUCACGCUGAGGGACAGAGCUAGGUUUUUCCUCCGCCUCAUCACAUCAGCACCAGGCCACAUCAUUCCACAGCAGCAGCAGCAGCAGCAGCAGCAGGCUGAGAGUUCUAGCUGGUAUCGGUCGCAGAGUCACCAGACUCUUGCCUUGCUGGACACGCACACUGCUGAGCUGGCAGCCAUUCUGGACGAGUAUUUUGCCAUGCUGGCACGACGACAGCCUGGCGAUUCCGGCUCAGCAACCAUCAUUCGUGCAGUUACCAGUGACAGCAGCAGUAAGGGUGGUUUCGGAGAGGACAGUGACUCUAACGAGGGUGACAUUAUAGGGUACGAAGAGGCUGAGGGGUUCUGGGUGCGUGUGCCUUGUGUGCUGAAGCUGCUGCCGACGGCUAGAGAGGAGCUUGCCUUCGAUAUAAGCACACUGGGCCAGACCAUUGAUAUGAUCAUGGGAGCUGUGGUGGGCGUGUUUGCUGUUGAGCUGAGUUUCCGAGCCUCGGUGUUUACCGGACCUAUUGAGCCGUGCCUGAUUCCGUGCCUGAUGAUGGCUCGGGAUGAGGGGGUGACAGGGGAGGAGGGGGAAGAGGAGGUGUGGGAAGAUGAGGAGUGGGAUGAAGAGGAGGGAGAGGAGUAUUGUCAGGAAGGAGUGCUGGGAGAGGAUGAGGAGGAGGAGAGUGUGGAGGGAGGUGGCAAUACGAAGGGCAGCAUGUGCCUUGUUGUUUUCAAACAAGACGAGAAGACGGCGCCAGCAGAUGAGCCGGAGACAGCGGAACAGGAGGAGAAAGAGCAGGAGGAGGAGGAGGAGGAGGAAUCUUUCAACGCGGAUUUCACUAGGACCAACCCCUCCUCGUCCUCCCACCACCUACUAGCAGUCACGGACCAAACGCCCUUUGACAUUGAAUUCUCGCCCCAUUGGCCCGCGCCGAUCCUCGUGGCGGUAACCGUAACGUUCACGAGCCAAGAUGGUCGCACGCUCGCAGGCGAGCUGGCGAGCAUUCCGGUCGGCAUAGAGGAUUUUUUCAUGCCUGCUCCCUGGCCGUUUGCCAGGCGCGGGGGUGGGCGAGGGGUGUGGAAGGGGUCGAGGCGGGGUGAGAUGGAGGGGCGAAGCAGGGGUGAGGUUGGUGGUGGUGGUGAGGGCGAGAGGGAGGGUGGGGACCUGGGGUUGUUUGAUGCUUUGUGGGAGCUUCUGGGAGGGGAAUUGAGGGGUCUUGCUGGCAGCAGGGGUGGUGCAAAGCAGGAGGUUGCUGGUGAAGGGGGGUUGGAUGGAGCGAAGGAAGCGAUGCGGAGUAGAGGUUUAGUGGGUGGAAGUGGUUCAGGGAACGAGGAAUUAGGGGCGUUUGAUAAGAAGGGAUUGCCUGCAGCCCGGCCUGAGUCAGUCCGCACUGUAGCUGUAACACCAGAGGCGGUGAUUGGAGCAGCGGAGCAGCACUUGGGUCGGUUUGUGGUUGGUGUUGAGGGGACGGGGAUACGGCAAUGGUUACAAGAAAGGGUGAAGCAGAUGGUUGUUGGUGGCGGCGAAUGUCUUCCCUGUGACAACGGGUCUAUCAGCAGGAAACGCACUGUGAAGAUGUGGGAGCGUGUGCUUGGGACAAGACCCUCAAGACCUGGGGCGGGUGGAGUGGGAGAUAGUGGUGGCGGUGCUGCAGCAAAGAUGGUGGGGGUAGGUGGUGCGUCAGGCCUGCUGUUGCUGACAGGUGGUAUCGUGGAAGUAGCCUCGGUUCAGCAAGCUGCUGAGGUUGACCCUGAAGCUCGGACCUUGGGUUGCGUGCAAGUCCUUAUUUUCAUUCCGCCGCGGUUCCAUGUAGUCAUGCGCCUUGAGGUUGGAGCCGCAGCAACCGUAAUCAGGUUCCGAACUGAUUACUGGCCGUGUCUAGUGCAUGUAGAUGAGUACUUAGAAACCAUCCUACCAUCGGCUUCUGUGAUGGGAGACAGUGCCAGAGCGCCCUGA